UUCAAGUUGAUAACAUUUGAUAUAACUGGCACACUAUUAAAAUAUCGAAGCUCUCCAGCUAUAGAAUACUCAAAUAUAUUAAAUAAAUAUGGCUUAGAAGUAAGAUUAUCAACUCUUGAGAAUUUGAUUAAUAAAAAUUGGACAUUCAUGACAAAAGCACAUCCAAAUUUUGGCCUUUAUACUGGCCUUGAAUGGGAAAACUAUUGGAGAAUUUAUGCACAUAAUGUYUUUAGCAAAGCAUUUCAGAUAGAAAAUAUCACUGACAAUGUACCCCUAGCAGAUAUAAUUGAUGAUUUGAUGAUGACAUACAGCACUGGAGAAACAUUUAAAGUACAAAAUGGAGCUAUUGAGUUAUUGGAAUAUUUAAAAAAAGAAGAAAUAACAUUGGGAGUUAUGUCUAAUUAUGACCCAAGAAUUAAAUCUAUGAUUAAAAAUCUUGGGCUCUCUCAUUAUUUUAAAUUUAUUUUGUCAUCAUACGAAGUAAGAUCUGAGAAGCCUGAUAUUAAAAUAUUUAGAAAAGCGGAAUCAUAUAUUGAACAGGGGUUAAAUCGUGAGUUAUUUUUGCAUAUUGGUGACUCUUAUUUGUUGGAUUUUAAAGGCGCUAAAAAUGCUGGAUGGUCUGCAUGUUUAGUUCAUACAAACAAAAAUAUAAUUGAACAGUAUCCAUGUGUGAGCGGUUGUAUAUUUGAAGAUUUUAUAGCUUUAAAAAGGUUUUUAAAGACAUGUAAUACAAAAAAAAUGUAUUCUGAACAAUAGAAAUAAUAUUUUGAGCAACUGUACCCUUUUACCCAUGUUAGAACUUUUGUUUCCUAUUGGUAAAGUAUUUCUUGGUAAAAUUUACUAAUAAAACACUUCAGCUUACCUAUCCAUGACUAUUUUUUUGCUAUUGUAAAACAAUGUUCUUCUUAAAUAACUUUGAACUGUAUAGAAUAAAUACAUUAUACAAUUUGUAUCUAACCUAUAAAAUGUUCAAACAUUUAAGAGUAAAAGUUU